AUGGAAUCGGAAAUACAUAUAGUUGAUAAACCAGUAUCAAUGGUAUUCGAAGCUGGUAGCCUAGCUAGCUCUGAGGAUCCACCCGUGGAAGAAUGGUCUUCACUCGAAAUGGUGUUCGAAGAAAAAAACCCCAAACGAAUUCUGGAGCAAAAAGGUUUGUAUGAUCCAGGAGCACCAGACAUCUGCUCAAAAUACAUCGCAAUGUCCUCCAGCUCCGUUACGAGACACGUAUAUUAUCGCUACCCGUGUAUUGUCGAUCCCGGUAUAUUGUCAGCCCUGUUUAGCCCCGAAGCUCAAACCAUUUAUCCUGAUGACGGCCAAAAUCUUUACUUAGCCGUUUGUAAAGAAAUGAACCAAUACGUUGUAAGAUGUUUUUAUAAAGGAUUAUUGGACAAAUACAUUAACUUAAGCUACUACGGUGUUAAUCCUAAUGGAGUCAGAGCUAUGGCUUUGGCUCUAAAAUACAAUAAAAUUGUCCAGAACAUCAAUUUCACCGACAAUUUUCUCAACAACGAUGCAUGCUUGCAUUUGGGUGAAAUGCUUGCAACGAACACGUACUUAGUGGAGCUCAAUCUCACUGGAUGUCGAAUCGGACCCUUAGGUAUUCGCAACUUAUUAGAUAAUAUGAUUAGUAAUAAAACUCUUAAAAUUCUUAACUUGAGCAGAAAUGAAAUAGGUGAUGAUGGUAUGGUGCACUUCGCUGACGCAGUGUUUAAAGGUCUUAACGUAAAAGAAGUCAAUUUGAGCCAUAAUAAUAUCAGCGGAAAAGGAGUAGCCUUGUUGGUGGAGCCAUUCCAAACGUACAAUAAAAUUACUCACUGGGAUCUAUCGUGGAACAAUCUCUAUUCACCUGGUACUUCCGAUUUUCUUAAUGCAAUAUCGGAAACUACCGAAACGUUAACAGACAUGAACUUAUCCUAUAAUGGUCUCAGGCAACAAGUUGGCUGGGGUUUAAAGAGAUUACUUACGGUAAAGGAUAUUCAAAAUGUAGAUUUAAGCCACAAUCUACUCCAAGGCCAAGGUAUCAAAGACCUUUGUGCCAGUUUAUCGUCUGCUAAGAAACUGGUGUCCUUGAAUCUGGGAUAUAAUCCCAUGACCCCUGCAGACGCCUGUGUAGUUCUCAAGAAGUUGAAGCUAAAGAAAGUGAAAGUCUUAAAUGUGAGCAUGGACAAUGUUACGGUAGGCCCAAGUUUUCUAGUAUUGUUAAAGGAAGUAAAGGAAAUCAAGCCUGAGAUAAAUCUUACAUUUGGCCACAUCGUCGGAGCUUUUAAAGGCGUAGGACCGGAUUAUAGGCAGGUUCUUUUUAAGCGACUGGACUACUUGUGCAAUAAGCCAAAAACAAAUAAGGUAGAUAUUGCAUUAGUAUUGUUACAACUACAGAAGAAUAAAGUUAUUUUCAUGCUAGCAAAAGAGUUCUUUUAUCUGCUAUACCGUGCUGGUGCACCAGUAGAUGCUGACCUAAUGGAUCAUAUAAGUAAUAGGUUCCCUGGUCCUAAAGCUGAAAAGGGAGACAAAACUGUUGAUAUCAAUGCUCUGGUCGAAUAUUCAACUCGGAUGUUCCCUGAGAGAAAGUUGCCUCCCACGCCUCCUCCAGAAUUGGAACUGCCACUAUCAAACAAAGGCAAAGGAAAGAAAAAGGGAAAGACAUAA